AAAAAGAAACAAGUUUUAAUUCUCUAGGCAGGGCUAAGCCUCAUUAGUUCUUUUUGUAAAACAGGUAUCAAGGAGGAUAAUCAAAUUCCAAGGAAUGGCAAUGCAUCAACUGUUUCAUCACUCAACUCCUAUCACCUAAUGCAGCAUAUAAGUGAUAAAAGUUUUAAAACAACAAGGAGGUGGCAAAUGCACCGGGGCUUGCCUGAAAUAAACACUAUGUUAGUGUUGUUAGAUGAAGGCCACUUGACGAUCAACUUUCGUUUUGACAUCCGCUUAGUCCAUCCAUCUUCAGGCUCAUUGGCCGACAUCGUCUUGUGGGUUGUUUUGAUCCACACCCUUCGCUUCGCACGAUUUUCAGCUAGCGUACCAACACUAAAUAGACUCAGAUUUCGCAAGAGCAACAAGGAUCUUCGGUUCAUCCAUUCCAUCAAACACCUAGAGCGCGUCGAACUGAAACACGGUUUCUUCUCCAUUGAUUUUCCCUAGAACUCUCACUUGACGAAAGGGAGGGGGCUGGCGCUUGGGCUUUCAUUCAUGGAGAACAAAAGAAAAAGGGGAAGCUGCUGCUGCAGAAUUAGAGGAGGGCUACUGCUCCACGGAAGAACAGAGAGGAGGCUGGGCACAGAGGGAGGGCGAGCAGGGGAAGGAGGUGCCAUGGCUGCUGGCGUGGGGAGAAACCAGGGAGCAGAGAGGGGCUGGGCGAGCUCAGUUUGGGGAGGAAGAUGAGGGAGGGGCGGCCAUGGAAACCUAGGGCAGUGGAGGGAGCUCACCAUGGAAGAAGCUGCAGACGGCCAUGGGAAGGAAGCACGGCGUGCUUGCAGCUGACAUGGGGAGGGACUCGGCUGGUGCAGCGGCCAUGGAGGCGAGGAGAUGGCUGGGCGAGCAGGGAGGGCGCGGCUGGCGAGCUGGAGCCGGGGAGAAACCAGAGCAAGGACAGCCGGCGUGGAGGCUAAGGCCGUCGGCCUGGGAAGAAGAUGGCGUGUAGGAGUUUGG